GUUUGUUUAAAAAAUUAUUGAAGAAAGUUCGGCGUGACGGGGAGGUGGGUACAACAACGACGGUGUACCAAGCGCGAUGACGCCUUGUGUGUGCCUUAGUCGUUCGUCGUCGUCACACGCGUCAUCCGCCGUGAGAGUGGGGAUAUUGGGGAGGGUCCCAGCUGGCGAACACCUAUAAAGAUAGAAGCUACGGAGGGUCAGAUCACACUUUGCUCCGAAAAUUUUCCGAGGAUCGAUUCUCGUGGACAGUGAGAGAGAGAGAGAGAGACAUUUGCCAAUUGUCAGGAAAGAUGAACAAGCUGGUGAUUCUGGGAUUUCUCGCCGCUUCCGCGACGGCUGUGCCCACGUCGGUUGUUAACAACGUUCAACUGAACAGGGAUCUCGAUUGCUUCGAGCAAGAGAACGCGCUGUUCAGCUGUAUUUCCGUCAAGACUGUCAGCAUGCUGGACAGAGCUGCCAGGUCCAGCGAUAUUGAGAUCAUCGAUGGGGUCAAGUUUGUAAGGGAAACGCCGAUGGAGCGGAAUGGAAAAGAGCUGAGGAGCGAAGUGGAUAUCAUGAACGAGCUGCCGAGAGACGCGUCGGAUAGAGCCAUCAAGCUGAUGGGUAUGAUGUUCGACUCGGUCAUGUCCUUCGUGAAAUCCCACAGUUUGAAGCUGAGCAUGCCCGAGGAGGGCUCGAUCUCCCGCGCUCUGGACCAAGGUCGUACCAAGAUAAAGAAGAUCGCGUUGCCGCUGAUCGCCGCGGCGGGGGUGAAAUUAUUCGCCCUGAUCCCAAUUGUGCUCGGAAGUCUGGGCCUCCUGGUGAUGAAAGCCCUUUUCGUGGGCAAGAUCGCCCUUCUCCUUGCCGGGGUAUUGGCUUUCCAGAGGCUGUUCGGCAGCGGCAACGGGGCGACGAGUUUCUUCAACAAGAACAAUCAGCCGUCAACUGGAUGGGUGGACAACGGAGGUGGGCAAGGUUGGUCGUCGGGCAACGUCGCUUCAAACGUGCAACCUCAGGGUUACUACAGAAGCUUCAACGAUCAAGAAACGGAUGCCCAUUCUAUGGCAUACUCGGCCCAGGCGCCGAUCACGAACGAAACCAAUUGAAACUCGGGUCGGAUGAAAAAUAUCGCGAAAUGUUUGAACGAAGAGGAAUCGGUUGGUGGCCAUAUCUCGCGAGUCUGGUGCGUUUAAAUGAUGCUAUCUAGAUAAUUAAUUCUCGACUGCUAGAUUAAUAUUUAUUAUAUUAAUCCCUUUUGUAUUAAUAAAUUAUUCGUAUUCAA